GGAUGUUAAAAACCAGCAAUCUUCCAACACUGAUAGUCGUGGAGUGAAUUCCGAGCGCUCCCCUGCCGGUACCCGUCAUCGCGACAGCAGACAAAAGUCAACGCCAGAACAGUAAAGCAAAGCGACAACAAAGGAGGUUGAGGUUGUUUGCUGCAUGACCGUGUGAUUUGGCCGUAAAAGUCUACCCAAAUAGCUCCUCCCUGGUGGUUCGAUUAAAACCAGAGACGUUGGAACAGGAGUUCUUUGUACGCAGCUGUAAUUUGCCAACGAAGCCGGACGGAGAAGAAUUCUGGCAGGGUAGACAACGCAUUACCGAUGCUUAGUAACACGUUUAUUCUGAACCGUGAGUUAACUAUAUGCUAAAAUUUGAUAACCUAAAUUAAAUAACUAGUACCUUAAAACUAUCCUAAUUUGAAGAUCCUAGUUCUUGAAACUUAAAACUAUAUGUACACUUGAAUUUGUUCUUAAAUACUAAAACAUGCAUUCGAUAGGUUAAGGUGAACAAGCUGAUUGUUGAGAAUCGAGGUUUCCUAAAUUAGGCAGAAGGCCACUGAAUGUAAGUUUGCGAUAAAAUGUAACUAAAACUUGAACUUAAACUAAUGAAACAUUAAAUAAAUUACAGCUUUGAGCUGCGUCUGUAAAGAACUGCUAAAGGAAGUGUUUUACCUGCCCUGAAACCCUCCGAUCCACAACAAACUCAAAGAUUCAUUGAGUAAAUCUGUUGCUGCGCAGUAAGCAGCCAAGUAAGCAGUUAGAAGUGCUGCUAAGUAAGCAGCAGAAUGAAUUCCGUUCGCACUUGCGAAAAAUGCCACACCAGUGGCACGGUGGAACAGAUGAUCGGUUGCGAUAUGUGCGACAUCUGGCUCCACAUGAAAUGUGCUGGUGUUACGACCGACACCGCAGAUCCUGACAAAAGCUGGCGCUGCGAACGAUGCCUACAUGAUGAGGCGACGGAACGAACCAGCCAUCGUAGCCGGAAGACCGGCAGGACGACAAGCAGCAUCUCGGCCCAGCGGGCAGAGUUGGCCCUACAGCUACUUGAGGAAGAACAGGCCCUGAUCAAGAGGAAUCGGGAACGAGAGGACGAAUUCCUCAAAAAGGAAGCGGAAAUGCAAAAGAAGAGAGCGGAGGAAGAUGCCAAGCUGCUGAAGCAGAAACAUGACCUGUUGAAGUCAUUGGAGGACGGAAAUGGUAGCAUCAGAAGCGGAAUCAGCAGCAACGCGAGUCGAAGAAGGGUACAGGAAUGGCUCGGAUCUAAUAGUGGUGGUUUGGUGCCGGUAACUGAGCAGCCACAGAUGUCUGGACCUACAGCCGAACUAUCCGCUACAUCGAAGAUAUCAGCACUUCCCAUUAUGCCACCACGGAAGUCCGGUGUCGACGUCCUUCUCAGCCAAGAUGCAGAGGGGAGUACCAUCGCUCCCAAAUCAACGUCAACACCGCAAAAAACCUUAAGUACACCAUUAAUUCUCUCUAACACACCAGUCCCUCCAAUGGUUGUGCCCUCUGAAAUAACCACCAGUGCUUCAAAUGCAAAGUGGGGUGGGUACUACCCGGGGAUUAAUGUCUUUUCAUCGUCCGUCCUUCCGACGAUCCCUGAAAACAAACCGAGCGUGACAAAUGUCGAUACAACAAAUGCACCUCUCGGGAGUUAUGCUACUUCACAAGCGAUUCCCCUUUCGGUUGGGAACCCCGCUAAUCAAUAUCCUCACAUAUAUGCUACUGGGUCAAAAUUCACAUAUGCUUCUGGGUAUGAAAGUACGUCAACCGGGCAGACAGUAUCAGUCAAUCCAUCCAGUUCACCGUUUGUGUCAGUGCCAGCCCAAUCGUUCGGGCUUACGCCAAGUGUAGUGACAACGAGUUCCUUGUUGAAGUCGGGAGUGCCUUGCCCAGGUCAGUGGAACGAACUUCAGACUUUCCCAGUAGUACCAGCGCGUUCAACAGGGUUGUACGCACAAGCACAGUUUGGUCAACGAAUGGAUGGCAGCUCCAAUCCCGUGGUUACAGCAGCAAACGUGAGCAAUUCGGAUGUGCAUCAGGUCAGUAGAUCACGGUACCCCGUGCCAUCCGGCGUGCAGCAGCAGAAUGAGCCGGUUCAAUCUGCGUCAUAACUAGUGGGCAGCAGCCGAAUGUGUCAUUUCUUCCCGCCCCAUCCGGUGCACAGCAGUUCAAUGUGCCUUUCCAACAAGCGCCAUCCGGCGCACAAAUGGCGGCGCGGCAAGUAAUGCCGCGCGAAUUACCGACGUUCGCUGGUGACCCACAAGACUGGCCGUUGUUCUCCAGUUCGUUUUACAACUCAACGGCGGCUUGUGGAUUCACAGAUGUGGAGAAUUUGGCUAGACUACAACGUUGCUUGAAGGGACAUGCGCUAGAUUCGGUGAAGAGCCGUCUGCUGUUGCCACAGUCAGUGCCACACGUGAUGGAGACACUACGGAUGCUGUAUGGACGACC